AAAAAAAAAAAAAAAAAAAAAAAAACACCAUACAUUUCAGAGUCUUCAGAUGAUAAAGAGUCCAAUAACGACAAAAUGUCGCGCACAUCACGCAAGAUUGAUAAUGAUGCUGUGAUCCAGGAGGUAUUGGCCAAGGACCCGAGUGAGCGAACGGAGGAAGACAAAAAGAAACUUCGACUUGCUGAACGGCGAAAAAAGGAAAGGGAGCGAAGGGAAGAAAUCAUGAAAGCCAGAGAAGAUAUCUUAUCGAAUGAUCCAGAGAUCGUCGCAGCUGCAAAAGAAGUCCUAAAGCCUCGAAGACGCGGUCGUCCGGACACUCAUGAACAUCAUCAAUCCAUUGCCGAUAAUCAAGAGGGCGAUUACAAUAACGACAGCAACAACAGCACCGACAGCAGCGACAGCACCAACAACAAUGACAAAAAGGACGAUAAGAAAAAGACUUUAUUAUCCUCCCAAUCUCAUUCAAAAUCAUAUCCACCCUUACCUUCAGCUCCGUCUUCGUCUUUGUCCUCAUCAUCUACAUAUCCGAUCCCAGGAAUCCUUGUCAAGGCACAGUCCACAGACGGGCCUCCAAGGAAGAAUGAUCAGCCUGCUAGACCCUUACCAUCACCGAGCACAAGUUCGGACACUAUCCGGGAUGUGCCUGCUGUCAAAAAUAAUACAGUGAAAAAAGAAGUGCCACAGGUACAGCCAAAGUUGGAACAGCAGAGGCAGCAGCAGCAGGCCACCAAAGUUUCAACUGAUGAGAGGAGUCGCUCCUCAUCAGCAUCCUCUUCCUCUUCUUCUUCCUCUCCCUCUCCUUCUGCCUCCGUCUCCACGUCAUCGUCAUUAUCGAAUAGACCUCGCCGUAGUUUCAGUUCAGGUAGUGAUUCUUCAACUAGCGGUGAUAGUGAAGAUGAUGACGAUGAUAACGCCCUGGGCAUUGAAUGGUGAAGAAAUAAAAGAAAUUCAUCGUCAUUCAAUGCUCUUUCUCCUGCAUUCAUGUCCACUACAUGCUUCUUGCAGUCGAACUUUCAAUAUUCUCUUCCCAAUCCUCGUCCUCUUCUUUUGCAUUUUAAAAUGUUUUUAAAAAUAUAAACCCAG